CGCCAUGGCCGUCUGUUAACACUUCGGCCGGGAAUCUUCGUGGGGCUCGUGCUCAAUUUCCCGACUAACCGUGGCCGCGACCAGGAAAUAAGGGCGAGAUGGGUGCCACCCAGAGCACCAGGAAGAUCACGCUCGUCAACGAUGACAAGGCGGGCGUCAUCAAGUUAUCCGAGUCUCUGGCCUACCGCCUGCGUGGCCAGAUAGAAGGUCAGCAGGCUGCGCCAGGUGUUCCAGAGCCGGCAGUAGCUGCAGAACCAGCACCUCCCCAGAUUCCCCCUGCUCCUGUCCCUCCCCCAGCCCUAGCCCCUAGUCCCCCACCUAUCUUCACUGCUCCUCAAGUCCCUGAACCUCCCAAAAUCAGUGACUAUAUCCCUGAACCUGAGCCCCAAGUGACCGAACCUCCACCAGCGGGUGAGUCUCACCCGCCGACUGAUGGGAGUUUUGAAGCUUUUCCCCCUGGUGCAGCAGAAGUGGCUGAGCCUUCCCCUCUGGACCUCUCACCUCCAGCUGUGCCAGUGGAACUGCCUUCGACUGGCACAGCUGUGGCUGAGGAGUCCAAAGUAGAUACUUCUGAUGUUGCUGAAGAUUCUAACGCUGGAGUUCCUAGUUCUGGCGAAAGUUCAGAAGCUGUUGAUGUUGUUUCCUCUGACUCUUUGGCUUCCUCUCCUCUCUCUGACAAUCCUCUUGCUGACGCUGUAGCUGCUCCUGCAGUCCCCUCUGAGGAAGAUAGCCUCACAGCUACAACUCCCGAGCCCAAAGCUAUCAUGGCAGAAGAGGUGCAGCUGCCUUCAAAGGACACACUAUUGGCAGCUGCUUUUGCUAGUGACGUAGUGGAAACUCCAGCCGCAGCACCACAAGAGGAAGUUGAGGUGCAGCCCCCAGCACUUGUUGUGCCACUACCACCGCACCACCACCACCAGCACCCGAGGGAGAAGAGGUCGUGGCCACUGAACCCACUGCGGCCCCUGAUAUUGGCAUUGCUGUGUUGCAGAAUUGAAAAAUUAGCCAUCCUCAUGGUGCACACUUUGUGUAGCUGUACUAGAAGGUUGAAGGCAUGCAACCUUGAGCUCAUUAAGGCUGGUGUUGGAAUUUUGGUGCAUCUAUGUUUGUUUUCAAAUAGCAUGGCAUGUGCAUUGUACCAGCUUGGUGUGAAAGCGGCUAUAGAUUGGAAAGAACAGUACAACCAUUUUAUUCUUAUAAAUACUAAUUACCUAUGUACCCAGAGCAGGCCCAUAAAGCAAGUUGAAACACACAAGAUGUCUGGAGCUGCCCCAACACUGAGCCAGCCUGCAGGCAGCAUACCACCAUGGUCUAUUUAUGCAGAAGAGGCUCACCUUAUGGUGAUGCGCCUGAGGGAGGAGAAGGAACAGGAAAUGAAGAAACUCAACAAUGAGUGGCACAAGAAGAUGGAGACACGUGAGGAAGAGUUUACAAAAAUAGCUCGACUCUCGGAAGAACAAGUUACAACUUCCCUCAAGGAAGUGGAAAAUCUCUUCAUGAAGGCAACCUGCUCACCAGUCUGCCAGAACCACCAGGAAGCUGUCAUGAACUGCUACAAUGACCAUCCCCAGCAGUCACUGCGAUGUGCUCGAGAAGUGGAGCAAUUCACCCAAUGUGUUGACUUAUCACGCCUUCAAUCUGUUCUGAGGCCAAAAGCUAACUAAUUGUAUAUGGAAAUUAUGUAUGAAACUCUAGUGUAAUUAUUUUCUCAAUGGAUAUGUAAUGUUAAUGCUUUUCUAGCAUCGUUAAUAAUUGUACAGUUAUAAGGAGGUGUAAAUGUUUUCAGAGGAUUAAGGGAAAUUCUCUAUGUACAUUACCCAAAAGAUUUUAUUACAUAAAGUAUGUACAAAAUA